GCAGCAAAAGGAGAAGUAGAAGAAGGAGCAGCAAAAGGAGCAGUAGAAGGAGCAGUAGCACGUGGAGGCGUAUCGCGGGAGAAAGAGAGCGCAAAAUCGACAGAAGAAAUCGACUGCACAAAUUGUGGGCUCAAAUCGACCGCGGAAGCAACCGCGAAAGCAUAAAGGCAAAACAACCCCGAUUGUGGAUACGGAAAGAGAGGACGGCCUAUCCACUUCGCCUCUCCACUUUGCCUCUCCCCCCUACAAUGCACAAACCCAAGUACAGGCACAUUCUGUACGGCCUGAGCGGGGCGCUGAGCGGGUGGGUGUUAAGAGACCUGGUGACCUGCCUAUCAAGUAACCUCAGUUUACCAAACGGAAUGCUGCUAAACAAGUUUAUCUGCAGCAAAGAUGAUUUUGCAAAGAACAUCCUCAACGAACUUAAGUACUGUUUUGACCCACUCGAGACAAAAAAGGGCUUCAGUGACUACCACAUAUAUACCAAAGAAAAUGAACACUUUGUGGAAACGCUAUAUUUAGAGAAGUGGAAUAACACAAACAAUAUGAAUGAGCAUUUGUAUAGUGAGGAUAGUAAAAAGAAUUUGCAUUAUUUGAAAGAAAUGAACAUUUUGUUUUCUCCCUCCCUGUUUGUUUUGCUGAGGCAGUAUAGAGGGCGCGAUACGCCGGCCUACUUGAGGAGCUACUUCGAGUGAGCGGUGUAUCUGUGCUUGUUUGUUUGCCUUUUGGGGAAGCAUGACAGUUCUUUUUGUAUUUGCUUUUUUUUUAUCUCCCCAGUUUCGCCAAAUGAGAGUGCCCCC